AUCAUUUAAACUUUCGCUUCCAUAUACAAAUAUAUAUAUUUAAAAGAAAAAAAAAUCAAAUUCUCUAAAGUCUUCUCCUCCUUGGUUUUGACUUCUGAGUUUGGAGAAAACAAUGGGAUCCCAACAGGAAAAUGGCAACCUUGGAUGGGCGAAGAACCCCUCUUUAUGUGGAGGCGUGGCGGCGUAUUGGAACGACGCAGCGGGAGGGCUCGAAGGAAGUCAUUUAGAGGAGUUUAAACGUAUGGUGGUAGAAUUUCGUCGCCCAAUUGUGCAACUUGGGGGCGAGAGCCUCACGAUAGCACAUGUUGCUGCCAUUGCUGCUCGUGGCUCUGAUGUCAUGGUAGAGCUUUCUGAGGAGGCUCGUCCUGCUGUGGAGGCAAGUAGUAGGUGGGUUUUUAAGAGCAUAACUAAUGGAACAGAUAGUUAUGGUGUUACGACUGGUUUUGGUUCUACAUCGCAUCGUAGGACUGACCAAGGAGAAACCCUUCAGAAAGAGCUCAUUAGAUUCUUAAAUGCUGGAAUCUUUGGAAAUGAUCUAAAUUCUUGCCAUACAUUACCACAACAAGCCACUAGGGCUGCCAUGGUGGUGAGAAUCAACACACUUUUGCAAGGCUAUUCUGGCAUUAGGUUUGAAAUUUUGGAAGCCAUAGCCAAAUUACUCAACCACAAUAUAACUCCAUGUCUCCCUCUUAGAGGCACCAUCACAGCUUCUGGUGACCUAGUUCCUCUCUCAUACAUUGCUGGACUUUUGAUUGGUAGGCCUAAUUCUAAGGCGAUUGGGCCCAAUGGUGAAUCUCUUAACCCAAUUGAGGCAUUUCAUCUAGCUGAGAUUGGUGGUGGCUUCUUUAGCUUGCAGCCUAAAGAAGGCCUUGCUCUUGUCAAUGGCACUGCAGUUGGGUCAGGCUUGGCUUCUAUGGUUCUAUUUGAAGCUAACUUUCUUGUUAUCUUUUCUGAGAUCUUGUCAGCAAUUUUUGUUGAAGUUAUGCAAGGAAAACCUGAGUUUACAGAUCAUUUGACUCAUAAGUUAAAGCACCAUCCUGGUCAGAUUGAAGCGGCUGCAAUUAUGGAACAUAUAUUAGAUGGGAGUUCUUACGUCAAGACUGCUAAGAAAUUACACGAAAUUGACCCACUUCAAAAACCUAAACAAGAUCGAUAUGCUCUUAGAACAUCUCCACAAUGGCUCGGUCCUCAAAUUGAAGUCAUUAGAUACUCCACCAAAAUGAUUGAACGUGAGAUUAAUUCAGUGAACGAUAACCCAUUGAUUGACGUGUCGAGAAACAAGGCUUUGCAUGGAGGGAAUUUCCAAGGCACUCCCAUUGGUGUCUCCAUGGAUAACACUCGUUUAGCUAUUGCUUCUAUUGGUAAACUCAUGUUUGCACAAUUUUCAGAACUUGUGAAUGACUUUUACAAUAAUGGGUUGCCUUCAAAUCUCUCUGCUAGUAGAAACCCAAGUUUGGAUUACGGUUUUAAAGGUGCUGAGAUUGCAAUGGCUUCAUAUUGCUCCGAGCUUCAAUACUUAGCAAAUCCAGUAACCAAUCAUGUCCAAAGCGCCGAACAACAUAAUCAAGACAUAAAUUCAUUGGGGUUGAUAUCAUCGAGAAAGACAGCUGAGGCUAUUGAGAUUUUGAAGCUUAUGUCCACAACUUACUUGGUGGCAUUGUGCCAAGCUAUUGAUUUAAGACAUAUGGAGGAGAAUUUAAAGAAAACAGUAAAAAAUAUUAUCAGCCAAGUGGCAAAAAAGAUCCUUGUGUUUCACUUUAAUGGCGAUCUCCAUCCAAUUAGGUAUAGUGAAAAAGAUUUGCUUCAAGUCGUGGAUAGAGAACAUAUUUUUGCCUACAUCGAUGACACUUGUAGUGCAUCAUAUCCAUUGAUGCAAAAGCUAAGACAAGUGUUGGUGGAUCAUGCCCUAAAAAUUGGUGAAAAAGAAAGCAACCCAAGUGCUUCAAUCUUUCAAAAGAUUACAGCUUUUGAAGAUGAAUUAAAAGCACUUUUACCUAAAGAAGUGGAAAAUGCAAGAAUAGAAGUGGAAAAAGGGAGUCCUGCCAUUGACAACCAAAUUAAAGAAUGUAGAUCCUAUCCAUUGUACAAGUUUGUUAGAGAAACAUUGGGGACUCGAUUGUUGACUGGUGAGAAGAAUGUAUCGCCUGGAGAAGAAUUCGAUGUGGUUUUUUCAGCCAUUUCUACUGGAAAAUUGAUAGAUCCAAUGCUUGAGUGUUUGAAGGAUUGGAAUGGUGCACCACUUCCUCUUAGUUAGAGUGUGUUAUUUUCUGUCAUAUCUGUAUGGGGACACACAUUACCUUUUAAAAACCAUUAAUUUUUCAAUGUGUACAUUUAAAAUUUCUUAUGCCUAAUAAUGUAUUAGACAUUAGUAGAUAUGUAUUGAAUUUUGACUCAUAUUCUCUUUA